GGAUAAAUAGCGGUUCGAUGAACGAACGUAGGUUUUCGUUGAAGGGAAAAUGCAAGAGAAACGAGAGUCUGCGCGUUAACGGAGGGAGGCCUGUCGCGAGAACUCCUGUAGGAGACAAGCCACGUAGAAUUCCACGGAGCCAACAGUGCGCGAACCGCCACCACGCGACGCGGUUGCUCCGUCGCGAUACCUUUCCGUGUAUAUAUCCACAGUUCUUUCGGAUAUAUAUCUUAUAUCUUUCUCGCGCAACUUUAUCUCUAUAUUUACUUUCGCGCCUUGCCCCCCGCCAACCCUUUCGAUAAAUUUCGAGAAGCACCGCGAACGGUCAGCAAAAGGGAGAACUCGCGACAACUGAUCCUUCGUUUCUCCCCUCGUUUCUUUAUUCCGCGAUCGUCACGUUCGAUCAACCGGAUCCGGUUAAUUAUUAUUCGAUGCUCGAUCAUCGUCGUUUCUCGCCGACGAUUAAAAUGCGAUCACGUUGACAAACGCGUGAUUUGUAUGCGGUGGAAGAUUAAGAUAAACCGGACGAGUUAGAUGAGAUAAGAAGGAAAGAGGAGAAGAAAGAGGGAAAUUUCUUUUCGAAGGAUAUAUAAUCGAAUCGGAAUCAGUCUGGGGAGGGGGGUUGAUGGCGAUAUCGAGAAACGUCGAUACGAGGAUCGAUUCGGGACGAUUAAGACUCGAUGGAUAGAAGAGAGAGGAGUAUUGGUGUUUGUAGAAAAACUGUGGAACGAUUAUUAGUUUUGUCAAUUGUCGCUUCAAUGGUGACGCGUUUAUCGGAGAAAGGAUUUGAUUGAAGAAAAUUGGAAGAAAAGGGGGGAAAAAACGCGAUAUUCGGAGAUAUUCGAGGAAAUUAUCGAGGCGUCCAUUUCUCUGCGAUUUUGCCGAAGAAAAAUGCGACGUUUCGAGCAAUAUUACACGAUUUUAUGAUGAGAAGAAGCCGGCGAGACGCUUCGAGUCGUCGAACCACCGACGUCGACGGCGACUGAUUAUGACGCGCGUCCACACGCGUCGCGAUUUCUCUCGUCUCCUCCUGCCGUCGUUCUCGUCCUCCGAGACCCUCCUCCUCCUCCUCCUCCUCCUCCUCCUCGGCCUCCUGUCCGUUCGUGACGCGUCGCCGUGCGACGAGAACCGUGCCAAGCAUCAUGAUAUUUCCGCGUCCCCUCAUCGCCUGCGCGACAUCGGGGAGAGGAAAUAUUCCCGAGGAGAUCUCGACGAGGAAUGGCGCGGCUUGAACGAGGUCCCCGGAUGGUCGAGAAGAGGAAGAGCGAGGGCGCGGAGAAAGUCGGGCGAGAAGCGGUUCGAUGUCGAAUCACGAGUCGCGGCCGAUUUUCGCGCGCGACACGAGAAGCAAAAGUUUCGGAGGAAGGGCGAUGGAACGAUCGACGGGAAUUUGAGCGAAUUCGACAACGCGGCGAGGAGGCGCGGCGCGUUCAGGGCGAAGAGGAAUUUCGGAAGGAGGCAGAAAUCGGAGAGGAAGGCGGUGAAAUCUGUUGCCAAUUGCGAAGGUUGCGAGGAGGAGGAGGAAUUGUUGGGCGAGAGAAACGACUCGCGGAGGAGGAACAGAUCCGACAGAGUCGCGGAUAAUCCCGAAGGGAGAGGAAAGAAUGGGAGCGGGGAGGGGAAUCCGGUCGAUUGGGCGGAAGUGAGCGGCAAUCUGUCAUCGAGCUCGAGCGAGGAGGCUUUCACGGGGUUCGAGGGCUCGCAGAAAUUCCCUAUAAAAGUCACGUACAAGCCGCCCAUAGCGGCCCAAGUGGAAAAGUUCGACAGAAGGCACUUCGGCCCGCCUAAAAUGGAUAUUGGAAGCGAGACCACGCUCGCUUCGUAUCCGUCCACCGUUGCCCCCGAUCUUCCCAAGAGUCCUGGCAGGGACGUCCUUAAUCGGCAUCGCAAAGUGGACGAGAAUACGGAGGAGGAGCGAAGGCAGGAAGCGAUGGAGGAGAACGAGAGAGGGGACGGCACCGCGGACGAUAGCUGGUUACCCGGUGCGUCUUCCGGUCGGCGAUCCUCCAACAUAGCCGCUGCAAAAUCUUUCCCGGACGAGAAACGCGCCUCCAUCUCCUCCUCCCCCGACCUUUUCCCAUCCACUGGAAUCGACGCCAAGGAUAUCGAGCGAGAGAACGAGGAAAAUAACGGGACGGUGGUGAAAUCGUCCGAAAAGAUAAACGUAACCAUCCUGGGUCUGUUCGAGAUGACGCGAGGCUCCGAGCCCAGACCGGAAGGGUCCAGCGAGCUACAAGCGGCGAGAUUAGCUGUCGAACGCGUCAACGAAAUGAACGUUCUAUCCAAAUUUCGCCUGCGUCUCAUUCACAACGAUACCAAAUGCGACCCCGGAGUGGCGGUUGACAGAUUCUUUCACGCUCUCUACUCGGCGAAGAAGAACGAUCUGAUACCGUUGUUGCUGGGCACCGCCUGUUCCGAGGUCACGGAAACCUUAGCCAAAAUCGUGCGCUACUGGAACGUGAUACAAGUCUCCUUCGGAUCCACCGCACCUGCUCUCUCGGAUUCCACCGAAUUUCCGCUUUUCUUGCGCACCGUGGCGCCGGAUUCCAGCCACAAUCCCGCCAGGAUAGCGCUCAUCAAACAUUUCGGAUGGGACACCGUCACCGCCCUCUCUCAAACCGACGACAUGUACUCCCUGGCUGUGAACGAUCUGGUCACGGAGCUGGAACAGGCGAAUAUCACGUGCGCAGCUACCAUCACGUUCGCGGAGAACGAUUACAAGGAACAGUUGCAAACUUUGAAAAAAUUGGACACGAGAAUCAUCAUAGGAAGUUUUUCACCGCAAUUGGCGUCACGUGUUCUGUGCGAGACUUGGAAACUAGGGAUGCACGGAGGAGACUACGCGUGGAUCCUGCCAAGUGACACGAUCGAACAAGUGACGAAAACGCCGGACAAUUCGUCGUAUUCGGAGGAAUGUACGCCUUCGCAGCUGAACCAAACUUUGAACGGUUUGAUUAUCGUCAACAGUCAUGACUCCGCCUUAGAAAACGAAAUUACUUCGUCGGGUCUGACGAACAACAAUUUCUUGUCGGAAUUGGCGAGCAGAGGCGUGACGUAUUCGAAGUUUGCAGGGCAGACCUACGACGCAGUCUGGGCUAUGGCGUUCGCGUUGGAAAAGACCGAGACAAUCUUGAACAGAGAUAACAUCAGCUUAGCCCAAUACACGCACGCUAGAAAGGACAUCGCGUUACAACUAUUGGAACAGUUGAAACUUUUGCGCUUUAUCGGAGUUUCGGGACCAGUCUCGUUCGACGGUGCCGAUCGAAUAGGUAUCACGGCGUUCUACCAGAUGCACGGGCGCGUUAAGCGAAAAAUAGCGAUUUUCAGUCCAGAGGAUGGAAAACUGGUGAUGAAUUGCUCGGAAUGCGCGAUGAUGAGAUGGCCGGAUGGACAUCCCCCAGCAGCUCGAAGGGUUUUCCGGUUAAGGGUGGUGACUGUAGCACCUGCGGCUUUUCUAGCGGUUACUUGCCUGGCCAGCAUCGGCGUCACUUUAGCGUUCGCUUUCUUGGCGUUCAAUUUGCAUUUUCGCAAGCACAAGAGUAUAAAGCUUUCGAGCCCUAGGCUUAACAACAUGGCUGCCGUUGGUUGCGGUUUGGUCUACGGUGCAGUCGUACUUUUGGGCUUGGACCACGCCACCCUUCCCGACAGCAACGAUUACUAUCCUACAGUAUGCACCGCGAGAGUCUAUUUAUUGUCUGCCGGCUUUUCCUUGGCUUUCGGAUCGAUGUUCACCAAAACCUAUCGCGUCCACCGAAUUUUCACGAGAAGCAGAAGCGGGGUUGUCAAAAACAAGCUACUUCAGGAUACCCAGCUUAUAAGCUUGAUCUGCGUACUUUUACUGAUAGACGGUCUCGUGGUCACCCUGUGGGUGACUUUCGACCCGAUGCAACGUCAUCUUCGAAACUUAACUCUGGAGAUGAACCCGCAAGAUAGGGGAGUUGUGUACCAAUCUCAGGUGGAGGUGUGUCGUUCUCAGCACACGAACAGCUGGUUGGGGGCGCUUUACAUUUACAAAGGUCUGUUGCUCGUCGUCGGCCUGUACAUGGCUUGGGAAACGAGACACGUGAAAAUACCGGCUUUGAACGACUCCCAAUACAUCGGCAUGAGCGUUUACUUCGUGGUGAUCACAUCAGGGAUCGUGGUGGUGUUGGCGAAUUUGAUGUCCGACCGUGUAACUCUGGCCUUCGUCACGAUCACCGCUCUGAUCUUGGCCUCGACGAGCGCGACGCUGGCGCUGCUGUUUCUUCCCCAGCUGACGAACAUUUUGGCAGGCGAGAGGGCCGACCCCGUCGUGCAGAGUCUCGGUUUGAAGAUCGAGUGCAACACGAGGAGAUUCGUGACCGACGACAGAACCGAGCUUCAAUAUCGCGUGGAAGUGCAGAAUCGUGUGUAUCGUCGUGAAAUGGCACAGCUGGAGCUGGAAUUGGCCAGAUUGGAGAAACAAUUGGCACAGGAACCGGUUGAACCAUCGCACGCUUCGUCGAGCGCAUCGAUUCCGCAACGCAAUCCGAGCAUCGGGGGUGGUCUGCCUUUGUUGUUGCUCAGCGUCCUCCCACCGGUCAUCCCUAGGGCUAGCUGGCCGUCCGCCGAUUCGUCCGGGAUACGACGCGGUACUGUAGCGUUUAGCAGUCAGCCGGACUUGGAGCCGGACACGGAGAGGCGAAGCCUCGCGGACAUUUACAAGCUUCAUCAACGGAGGGAGACGGAAGGGGCAAAUCGUUUGGGCGUUUUUCAACGAUUCUUCAACCUUUUCGGCAGUCGUCCCAGCAGCAGGAAAACCUCGAUCGCUUCGUUCACGGGAGUGGCGUCGGCGUUACGGGUUCACAUGGGCUACAUCGCCGGCCUGGUGCCGGGCACGAAAGCCGCGUCUACCUGUCAGGUCGACGCCCAAGGCGCUCGUUCCCCUCAUCCUCGAUGCGGCUCAGGACCAAUAAUUAGUAUUACUAGCGAAGAAGAUCGCAGAUUAAGCCUGGGGUUACGUCGCAAAGAGUACAGCGAGCCGAGAGUGAAUUUCAGUUUACCGCCCAAAGCGAGUAGCAGCCAAACGUCGUCGCGGGAAAAAAUUCGAGGAUCCCCCCGAUUUCCUCAUCGGAUAGUGCCGACGAACAGCUUAAAUACCAUUGCAUCGGGAUCGUCGAUCUCGAAAUCUCAUCGAUGGCAUUCCAUGGAAGACGCGAGAAAAAGCAAAACCGUCUCUCAACUCCCCCGUGGCUCGUCCUGCAGCCCUAGCUGCGACGUGUGGGCCACUCGUGAAUUCGGAAUUCCAUUAAGCGAAUUGGGGACCACUGUCCGGGGCAAAAAAGUUGGGGAAUCAUUAGCUUUGACCAUUAUGGCGGAAUCGAAUGUAAAUCCGGAUGACGCGAACCUUGCCAACCAUCCCAAAUUGUUCAAAGAGGGUGACGUGCACGUUACUCCUUUCGAAUCGGACGUGAAAAUCGCUCCUUCCGUUUCCUCCUCGUCCUCCUCGUCCUCCUCGUCCGCGUCCCACACCAGGACGUUGAGCGUAACGAACGACGCGUCCUCCUCCAGAAACGAACCCAGUUCUCAAUCUGCACGGUUAAUAAACGCCGGCGCGAACUUCGAGAUCGAGAAAUCGGAUUGUUCUCGACCCUCGAGCCCCAUCGAUCGCGUCAUCGAUCUCAAUCCUCCCGAGGAGAUGGAUAAUCAUACGAAAUCGUACGAAAAUCAACUGCCGCGUAGAUUAAAGUAAUAAGCGUGGGGGAAAAUAACUUGCUGCUCCGUGGAUAUUCUUUUUUUUUUUUUAGUUUAUUUUUUUCUUCCGUUCUGUUUAACUCUUGACGUAAUUACGUACGUUAUUAAUCAAUUAGGAAGAAGAAGAAUCUACUCUCUCGAUGAAGAGGUUGAAACAUACGUGAAUUUCUAGAAAACGAAUUUCCUGAAAACGCGUGGUUAAUAUAUAUAUAUAUAUUUUUUUUUUCUCUCGUUUCUCCUUUCUUCCCGCUCUUAUGAGUUAAGGUUAUAUUGCUUAAAAGAUAAACGGGUAAAGGGAUGUAAAAAAAAAAAGAGAAAAAAAAAAAAUGUAAUCAUUCGUGUACAUGACAAUCCUCAGCAAUCGUAUACACAUGAAAGAUCAAGCUCAAAUUGAUCGUGCGAAAUUUUAGCGUGAGAAUCAUCUCUUUUAAUAUUUAUCGUAUGUGUGUUCCUUAGUAAUCGUGCCAAAGACAUAAGACUAUUACGGGGCCCGUAAAAGUAUACGGUUGAUCGGCAUUAUGGAUUAUCACAUUAUGAAGGGACCAAAAUAUAAUAAUAGUCAUUUCUUAUUCGUUCUUAGACGAAUGAUUUCUAAUUCAUGCUCGAAAGUUUUGAAAGUUAUUUGCCGAUAUGUUUAAAUGUACGUUUAAUGAUUCGAAUUGUUUUUUUUUCUUUUUUUUUUUUUUAUUUUAUUUUCUCUAUUUUUUCGUGAUAUUAUACGACUUGAUGGCGUAAAGUCGUUGAAGGAACGCUGAGAGUACUCUUACAGGUCCAACGUUAAAGUGUUCAGUACCCCCAUACCUUUCCUCAAGUACCUGCACUCGAUGUAAUAAUGAAAAAGAAAUAUCUUCUCGUAAAAUGAAAAAUCGUAAGAAUAAACAUAUUGAUUUCCUCUAUAAAUCUUCAAACCUGACGUACUGAUAUUUUAACACCAGUACGUAUAUAUAUAUAUAAAGAAUACAUGUAUAAAUAUAUAUAUAUAUAUAGAUAAGUGAGAAUAACAUGUGGAAAUAUCCUCCACGUACCUCGAGUAUCUCGAUGUGUCAAUCAUUGAAUUACUACUGAAAACUUUAUCGCUAAGCAAUAAUCUUUGUCGGUGCAAUUAAUAAUCUAUCGUACUACUGUAAAAUACAUCAUUUCCAUUCUAUCUAUCUAUCUAUCGAGGAUAAGUAGAAAUUUUUUGAAAGUAAAUCAGAAUAUUUUAUUUUUAUCUAUUUUUAGAUAUAACGAUGCAUAUGAAUUAGUAGAGUACAAAAAGUUAUAUUUUUUUCAAAACAAGGCAAUUAUUUACAUCAUAUUGCAAUUGCAAGUACAGGAUUUCAUACAUACGAAGGAUGUAAUAGAUAUACAAUUAUUUAUGAUGGAAUAUGAAACUUUGAAGAAUAUUUAGGCUGCAAGAUUUGCGUAAAGUUAAGAAAAAACAAAUUUUAACGAUGUACAUAUGUAAUAGAAUAACUCAAUUAUUUGAAUACGCGUUAACAAAGAAAUUCUAACAAAAUAAAUUAUACAUUUGUCUACAA